GCCGUUCGUUCGCCGUGUCAGUUUGUGUUGGGUGGCGCAUCAGACAGCAGCAAGAGCAAGCAGGCAGUGCGUGUGUGCGUUUUUUGGCUUCUUGUUUUCUUCUCCACCCGCAGCAGCACCAGAUUUCCAGCAAAGUGGCGUUCGUGUGUGUGGCUGCGUACAGUGUGUGUGUGCUCGAAUCUGUUUAGCUGCUGAUCAUCAUCACUCAUUUUCGGUUUUCUCGAGUUAAUUCGAAGCCCCCCUCUGCAAUUUCCAGUGUAAUUAUUGGUGUUAAUUCGAUAAGCGGAAUGUUUUGAGGUGGGAAAAGUGGUUGAAGAGGUGCAGAAGACAAUCGUUAGCAAUUUAGCCCAAAAAAAAUCUGCAAACUCUUGCCAAAAAGUUCGCGGCAGAGAGAAGGGGUUUGUGAAUCAAUUUUUGGACACCCAAAAGUCGUCGCCUGCUACCAAUGAUUUGCUGACAAUCGGCAAACGACAACAACAACAAAAACCUUUGCUGGAGGAGGAGACGCAAUCCCCAACCAGCCAGAAAGAAACAAAACUCAGGAAAAACCUUUGCAGAAGCAGCAGCAGGGCGAGGACAGCGGCAAAAUGUCGACGGAUUCGGGAAAGAAUUUCUCAAAUGUGGAAACGUCGGGUUACGUGGGCUUUGCCAACCUGCCCAACCAGGUGCACCGCAAGUCGGUCAAGAAGGGCUUCGAGUUCACGCUGAUGGUGGUCGGAGAGUCCGGCCUUGGGAAGUCCACACUGGUCAACAGUCUGUUCCUCAGCGAUCUCUAUCCGGAGCGGGUCGUGCCGGAUGCGAUCGAGAAGCAGCAUCAGACGGUGAAGCUGGACGCGUCCACCGUGGAGAUUGAGGAACGGGGCGUCAAGCUGCGGUUAACCGUGGUGGACACGCCCGGCUUUGGCGACGCCAUCGACAACAGUGACAGCUUCAGCGCCAUCCUCGAGUACAUCGACGAGCAGUACGAGCGAUUCUUGCGCGAUGAGAGCGGGCUCAACCGGAGGAACAUCGUCGACAACAGGAUACACUGCUGCUUUUACUUCAUUUCACCGUUUGGCCAUGGCUUGAAACCCCUCGACAUUGAGUUCAUGAAGAAGCUGCACUGCAAGGUGAACAUCGUGCCGGUGAUCGCCAAGGCGGACGUGCUGACGAAGAAGGAAAUCCAGCGCCUCAAGUGCCGCAUCCUGCAGGAGAUCGAGGACAACGGGAUCAAAAUCUACCCACUGCCAGAUUGUGAUAGCGACGAAGACGAGGACUACAAGGAGCAGGUGCGACAGCUGAAGGAGGCGGUACCGUUUGCAGUGUGCGGCUCGACGACGCUGCUGGAGGUGAAGGGCCGGAAGGUGCGCGGCCGGCUGUACCCGUGGGGCGUGGUGGAGGUGGAGAACCCGGAGCACUGUGACUUUAUCAAGCUGAGGACGAUGUUGAUCACCCACAUGCAGGACCUGCAGGAGGUGACGCAGGAGGUGCACUACGAAAACUACCGCUCCGAGCGGCUGGCCAAGUCCGUCCGCAAGAACACCAACUCGAUCAGCAGCAAGGACGACGGCGGCGGCGGCGCCAUGAACGGUGCCACCGAGGCAGCGUUCACCGAGAAGGACCGGAUCUUGCGCGAAAAGGAGGAGGAGAUCCGGCGCAUGCAGGAAAAGCUCGCCCAGAUGCAGGCCAAGAUCCAGGCGCAGAAAUAAAGGUUACCACCGCGGGCAAAGUGACAAUGGAGGCGGGAAAUUUUAAUCUAGAUCGAGGGGAAGGGAGGGAGGGGGAGAAGGAGACACGGGGAACAUGCCAACCAAGGACCAUGACAAGAAUUACUCACCACACCACAGAUCGUCACUUCCCAUUCCUAGAAGAGAGCACAACUCGAUGCAUGUCAAGAUGUAGAUUAAUAUUUUUGUAACCGAUUGUCGAUUUUGCUAAAAGUGUAAGGCAUGACCAAUAAAAAAAUCAUGAUGUGUGUAAAAAGCAAAACUCUAAACGCUCAUUUUUGGGAAACUUCUUAACAAGCUUCAGCGUUUCAAUGUUCUAUUGUUGAACUAAAUCACGCAAAAACACAUAAUAAAGAUCAAUUUUUGGCUAGCAGAACAACGAGUACAAAAUUUGUCAUCUGCCACAAAAUUUGUCGUCACACAAAGCAAAAAAAAAACCAUCAAAAGCAGAGCAGUUUCUUUUUGUUCCUGUUUAAAUGUGCUUUUUCUAGGUUUUGGCAGCAGCUUGUGCUUGCUCGUGAAAACGAAAUAAAAAAAAACUAAAGUCAGGUUUGAGUGCCAUCAUCAUCAUCUGUGUCUGUCCGAAGCAAACAAAUUUCAACGAAUCUCUGUCUCAUUUUUGGCUGAGCACUUCGCUAUAUCGAUUCAUUCAUUAAGUUUAGAGUACGAACUAAGGAAGCAAUACUAUGUUGGCACACGGGAAAGAUAAAAUCGGGAAAAGUUUUAUUUUUUGAUAGCUUUUUUACGAACGAUAAGAAGUA